CCUGUAGUCUGCGGAUGUGCCAUCUGUGGUGAGAAGUAGCAGUGGGCAGCUAUAUCAAAGCCAUGGAGCAGAUAAAUAAUAUUCAGGUUGUUCCUUGCACCAACUCUGAUUAUUUGAGACCGUUUCGGGUGCAUUAUAACCAGAAUGGAACAAAGAAGUCCUGGGACUUUAUGCAAACCCAUGAUAGUGUCUCUGUGCUGAUUUUCAACACCACCUCACACUGUUUCAUCCUGGUCAAGCAGUUCCGCCCAGCCGUAUACAUGAGUGAAUGGGAGCGGAGCAAACCUAAGCCCUUGCAGCUGACCGAGGAAGGGUCUUCAGAAACUACACCACCAGAACCAAAAGUUCCAGAAGAGGACCAAGCAGGUGAGACAAGUGAGGAGACGUCAAACAACGAUAACCAGCCUCCUGCUUCAGCAGGCGUGACCUUCGAGCUGUGUGCUGGCUUGGUGGACAAACCCGACCUCUCUCUGGAGGAGAUCGCCAGGCAGGAAAUACUGGAAGAAUGCGGCUAUGAUGUGCCAGUCACCAAGCUGAGAAGGAUCACGUCAUACAGGUCGGGAGUUGGAGUAACAGGAUCCAAGCAGACCAUGUUCUACGCUGAGGUAUCGGACGAGAAUUGCGUUGGAGAGGGCGGGGGUAAACCUCAAGAGGGUGAAUUGAUUGAGGUGGUCAGAGUUCCCCUACACGAAGCAAUGACCUUUGCCUUUGACGAGAGCAUCCCGAAAACGAUGGGCGUCAUUUUCAGCUUCAUGUGGUUCAACAGCAACAUGUCGCCGAAAUACAAGAUCUCCACCAAUGUGUAAUGUAAACGUUCCAAGCCAUCCUUUGAAAUACCAGUCAUUAUAUACAGUACAUUUUUUAUAUAUUGUAUUCAAAAUAGUCACUAAUAGUGUAGCUUUUUUUUCAGUUGUUUCUUACACUUUUAUCAGUUUGUUGUGGUUAUAGCUAUUGUCUUAUUUCAGAUUCUGGUGUAAGCAGCACUUACGUGUAGCUGCUAAUGUGUUAUCCGCUUUCUAUGGGAGCCGACACAUCCCAAUAGGUUGCCAUAGAACUGAAGAGGUUCAUUGUGAGUUUGUUUGGUGUAAUUGAAUUCUUUGUUUUUACCAUGUCAGAAAUUUCAAACAGCCAUUUGAUGCAUCUUUUUGAAACCACACCAAGUCCCUUUAAGACUUUGUAACAGUAUUCUGUUUUUCUCAAACUUUAGAGAGCAAGAUUUAAAAAGACCAUGUUGAUACCAUCUCACUUCGGGAGUAUUAAGAGAAAGAUUGUUUACAAUUAAAGCUGUACUUUGUGGCCAGAAAGUGAGACCUCUAGACAUUUUCCCACACAUUUUGCAGACAAAUAAUAUUAAUUUAGAAAAAUAAUAAAGCAAGUAAAACAAUAAUAAAGCCACAAAACUGUAUGUGAGUAUAUGUGGACAAUACACCGGCAGCUACCCAACUGAGAAAACUUGAUAGCCAUGCUCUACUGUAAACAAUCAUUGAAUCGUUUCUUUACCAAGCGAAGAAUAUAAAAAAAUAAGCUCUUGCAUUUUUCUCAGGUCCAAAGCUGACUUUAGGACUUUCAGGGUUAGUGAAAAUGCUGAAAUUUAUUGGAGUAUUUUUUAUUGAAGCUAACAUUGCAGCUAAGUUGAUUGUUUUGAGUGUGUUUUGCACCGAAUUUAUGGAAUACAUAUUGAAUAGUCCUAAAGAAGUACGAGUACCAUUCUUGUCCUACAAGUCUAAAGCUGCUUUGCCAUUAUCACAUAACUUUAUAACAAUGUUCUGAAAUCUUUCAGAACAACUUAUAAUAUAUAUAUGUAAUCAAGAAUGCAUGAGUUUGCAUGUUGAGGUUUAAAAAAAAUGACAUUAAUAUUUUCCAAAAAUGAUAUAGUGUUGGAAAGGUUAGAUUUACUGGACCUUCUAGAGCAGGGCUCUUUAACUACUUUCAUGCAAAACUUUUCUGCAUUUAUCUUAGCUAACACUUUCAUUGCAAGUAACAUGUUAAUUAAAAAACACAACUUAAUACUGUGCAUUUAUCAUAUUAAAAUUGUCACAGGGUAUAUACUGUAUAUUGAAUUGAAGGUUUGGAUAUAAAUUCCUUCAUAAGAUCUGGCUGAAGAACAAACAUGACUUAUACUCUUAACUAACAAAUCAUUUUUGAUCAUCUUAAUUAGAAAAAACAAUAAUACUCAUUUUAACAUUUUGGGGCUGUUGUUUGAAAAUUAUUAAAACUGAGGAGAAACAGUUAGACCUGCUAAAGCCCACACACAAUAUCAACCCACAUUUGACUGUUUACUUAAGAAUGCAUUUAAAUGUAAUUUUCUUUUUGGAAAAAAAUUAUAAAAUGCCCGUUCUUCCAUUUUCUCUAUAAAGUAUCAUCCUAUUCCAUUAGAAAAAAAUGAGUCCUGCAUAUAUUGUGAAUUUGCACACAGUAGCCAGUGCAGGAGCCAGAUAGGUGUGUAGGUAAUCAUUGGCAAAAGAACAAUCUGAGUUGAUGCUGUUCGUGAUUGACAGGGCUGAUUCAGCUUUAUAGAACCAAAUAUUAUCAGGAUAUUUGUAGGUUCAGUUUCACAUUGUCAUAUUUUUCCAAGCCCUACAGACCUUGAACAGAUGAGACACGAUCGUUUGACACUUCCAGAAUAGUGAAUAAAAACAGCACAUUUUCUUUGAACAUUCAGUUUUCCUAAUUGAUUGCUUUUGAUGCCUGAGAUGUGCAUAUGUGCUGACAAUUUCUGCCACAACUGUGUUGAUAAUUAUUUACAUUUGUAGAUUUUGCGCACUCACACAAUCAAGCAAUUUUUAAAAAAAAAGACUCUAUCAAGCGCUCACCUUAAACGGUGUGAUCCAUGUUUAGCAAAGGAGUGUAACUAAACUAUCGCCAGAAAAGCUUAAGCGUGCACUCUGGUCCGCACAACUGAUGAUGGCUGAAUACUGUUGCGCAUGCCAAUGAGCGUUGUUAAACUCACCGAUGAUUGCUGAGGCUUGUGUCUAUGAAUGCUGUUUUGCACAGAGAAUGCUCUAGUAUUUCAGAUGGCCAGACAAUUUGGACAGUUUGGCCAGAUUUGGCCUGUAGGCUGCCAGUUGACUAGCCCUGCUCUAAAGUCACAAGAAAAAUACAUUGAAUACCAUACUUGGAGAUAAUUCUACUCAACAUACAUGAAUAUAAGCAAUAUACUCUCAAUAUCUUACUCCAAUAUUUGACUUGCAAACAUUUUAUUAGGAUGAUUGAAUUUAGCUUUCGUUUUCCAUCAACUGAACACAAAAAUAUGUUUUGCAGAAAUCUUGAGCUCACCAAAAGCCUGAGUACACAGAAGCUUUCUGAAUCAAAGUCUUGCUCUGUUUCAGUUCAGUUUUGAUUCUCUUAUGCACAGAGCUCUUUCGCUGGUUUUCUUGAGGGCUUGUUUAUUAAGUGAAGGAUAUUGUUAUCAAAGAUAAUAACACACCUUAUUUAGCAUUUGUUAAUAAUCUGUCUUUGUUUCUAACAUGACAAAUUAUCACCAACACUUCAAAUAAAUGCAGUAUUGUAAGCUGAUUGGAUCUUACUGUAAAACAUUCCUUCUGUCCUGUCAUUGCCCUCUGUAGCCUAUAUUCUGUUGUUUUUGAGUGUUAUAACUUAUAUUAUCAAUACAUACGAUAAUGCACAAGUUACAAUCAUCAUAUAAUCAUAAAAAAACAUAAUGUUGUGGGGGGAAAAGACAAGCAGAUUUGUUUUGGUCCAAAACAGAGGGGCUAGAGUGUGUUUUUAAUCUUAAAGAUUAAACUUUCCUGCCAGACAGGAGUGGGUGGAAGACAUUUGUAGGUAACUGAUGAUUUCUACACUUUUAAUAUUGUGAUUGGUGGAUUCAAGUGAACAUUCUUCAUUUAAAGAAUGCAAAUGUGACAUUUAGGAAUUAUGCAUUGUUUUGAGGGCACUGUCGAGCAUUAUUUCAUAUCGUAAUUGCUCAUAUAUCGUUUCUUUUUCUUAUAAAACCUUUCUAAAAAAUAAAAUCAUGUUUCUGAACGUUGAAAUUGUUUGAGGGGUUUUGGACGUUUAUCUCAGGAUUGGGCUUCUUUUUUUCUUUCUUUGAAAUGAUGAAAUAUUGUUGAUUUAUUGUCAUGUGCCACUGUUACUAAUGCUUGACUUUUAGUAUUUCAACAGAGGUGUUGUUCUAUUCAUGUCUUUUUAUCUCUUAUUUUUUAAACAUUUGUAUAUUUGUUUUAAUUUAUGGCACCUUGUGCAAACAUAUAUUUCAAAUAUGUAUGUAUGUAUGUAUAUAUAUAUAUAUAUAUAUAUAUAUAUAUAUAUAUAUAUAUAUAUAUAUACUCAGAAAUGAAAUAUCGCAUGUGCACUGUAUUACAUUUGAUCUGCAUUCAGUUGAAAUGAAUAAAAA